AGCUGCCUGCUGUUAUUUCAGCUCAAGUUGCACAAACUCUUCAAUGUUUUGUGUCAUUUCGCGCUUACAAUGUUAUUCUAAUGUUGGCUACAAUGUGUGUGUUUUCAGCGUUAUUUAACAUCAUGCGUAGAAGAUUAGGAAAACCAGCGUACACCGACAGUAAUUAUAGGCACCCUUAAGCAACUAGACCACGUGACCAAAGCGGGGCGGUCGAACUAAGCCAUUUUGGGGACGGUGUCAGUUUCCACGGAGCACACACACACACUGCUGCAUUUUACUGGGGGGUGAAGCGGAUAUUUUGGAGGCAAAGUUCUCGGUGCCGAAGUGGGAACCUUCCCGAGCCCAAGCCGGAGGAUCGGUUUCUUUUGACGCCGUGGAUCGGAUACGUAAAGAGCGUACAAGCGAGGAGAAAACAGGAGGAGUUUUUAUUCGCACAUCUGAAAUGCGCUCCGGUCCGCCGUGCGCUCUCAGCCACUGACAGCGUCUGCAGCCUGCUUCAAGAUGGCGGCUCGGCUCCUAUUCAUUUUCUGCUGAUCUGCCUCCCAACUUUCAUUGUCUAUUCGCGUCAAGAUCCACCGAUUCCCAGCCGAGCGAUCAGGAUUGUUGUUCCUUUUGCUCAUCAUGCAUCGGACGACCAGGAUAAAGAUCACUGAGCUCAACCCUCACCUAAUGUGCGUCCUGUGCGGAGGAUAUUUCAUAGACGCAACCACCAUCAUCGAAUGUCUUCACUCAUUCUGCAAAAUGUGCAUUGUGCGCUACCUGGAAACCAGCAAAUACUGUCCCAUCUGUGAUGUACAAGUGCAUAAAACCAAGCCUCUGCUCAACAUUAGGUCUGACAAAACUCUACAGGACAUUGUAUAUAAGCUGGUUCCUGGCCUCUUCAAAAAUGAAAUGAAAAGGAGGAGAGACUUUUAUGCCGAGCACCCUGUAGAUGCUUCUAAUGGAUCCAAUGAAGAUCGUGGCGAGGUGGCAGACGAGGACAAGAGAAUUAUUACAGAUGAUGAGAUCAUCAGCCUUUCUAUUGAGUUUUUUGAUCAGAGCAGACUGGGAGGUGUAGCAGAGGAGAAGCAGCCUAAAGAUCAGGUGGCAAACAAAAGGUACCUUCAGUGUCCAGCAGCCAUGACAGUCAUGCAUCUGCGGAAGUUUCUGCGCAGCAAAAUGGACAUCCCAAACACCUACCAGGUUGAGGUCAUGUAUGAAGACGAACCUCUGAAAGAUUACUACACAUUAAUGGAUAUUGCAUAUAUCUACACUUGGAGAAGGAACGGCCCGCUGCCUCUGAAGUACCGGGUCCGACCCAGCUGUAAGAAGAUGAAGGUGAGCCACGCGCAGCAGGAGGGCCAGAACAGCGCGAGCAGAUCCGGUCCCGAGAGCGACUCAGCCAGCGACAAAGCCGGCAGUCCAACGGGGGCCCCGUCCACGUCCUCGUCUCUCCCGAGCCCGGGCACGCCGGCUCAGUCCCCUCACCCUCAGCUCCCACCACACGGCCCCAACAACAACGUGAACGGGACUCCGGCAGUCGCUGCUCCACCUACCCCUGGUCGAGCCUUCACCCAGUUCAACAGCGGUGGCGGGAAACCCCGGAAAGUGUCUCUGAAUGGCUCGUCGAUCUCUUCGGGAUGACUCGGGGCCCCAGAUCGGACCGGACCAGCCAACUCCAGACAUCCGCUCAGCUAAUACUGUCUUCAUGCCAACCUAGUUCCAUUGUGUAGACCAUGUGUUCUCUCUCUCUCUCUCUCUCUCUCUCUCUCUCUCUCUCUCUCUCUCUCUCUCUCUCUCUCUCUCUCUCUCUCUCUCUCUCUCUCUCUCUCUCUCUCUCUCUCUCUCUCUCUUUGUUGUUAUAAAUAUUAUGGUAUCAUAUGUAAGUUUAAACGUAGUGGAAUCAGAGACAUCUCAAAAUAAAAGAGCGAGGAAGUCGGGUGCUGUGGGAAUUUUAUUAUAAUAAUGGAAGAGAAAAAAAAGGAAAGUUGGGAAGGAGAAGGACAAGCAUUUAUCCCCCUCUUUAAAGCUACAUCUUUAUUUUACAGAAGUGACUGAAGAUAGUCUUUUAUAUAUCUAUAUUUUUCUUCAAAUCAAACGUGUUAAUCAUGAUUGUUUCAUGUGUGUUUUUUGGGGGGAUAUUUUGCAGCGAUCCGUUUUAAACAUGCAUGCUUAUCAUGAUAACACUUUUUCAUUUAGUGGAAGAGGAUUCUGCGUGUUUGCCCCACACAAGUCUCACUUUGGAAGCGUUUCAGGCAUCGAUUCUGAUCAAUAAAAGGAAAGGAAAGCCGAGUGCUUUUGGGGGGGAAAAUAAGUUUGUAUUAGCGCUGUUGGCUUCACGGGAAAAAUGCCUAUAACAUGGAGGAAGAUCCACUUUUCUUCGCCUUUUACUGGAAAAAACAAACAAACUUUCUUGUAGCUGCAGUGGAAGUCGAUCCUCCACGUCUUUAACACCUAUCCGCAAUUUUAGUGAAUCCACCUGUAAAUAGAGACAAAAUGCAUAUUUAAUCAGCGAUGAUGUUAUUCUCUUAUUCCCGUUUGUUCUGAGGGAAUGUCUUGAGCUCCUGCUCAGCACCAUUUCAUGCUCAACGACAGAUGUUUUUGAUGUCUCCCGUGUUUUUUCCGUAUUUGUAUCGCUCGAUUGUAUGAACAACUUAUUGUAUUGUUACUGUUGCACAGUAUAAAACAUCUAAAUAAAAACA